UGGCCUAAACUCAAACCACAGUCCAGGGACUGGUUUCAGGGCAAAGCUGCCAUGCGAUCCGGGAGCCGCGGGCGGCCCCGGCAGCGGCUCGGGGAUCGGGGCUUCAUGCAACCGCCUUCACUUUCCAAGCGCCGCCUGCUGCCGCGAGUGCGGCUCCUGCCUCUGCUACUGUUGGUGCUGGCCCUGGGCUUGGCUUUCUAUGUCGUCUGGUACGGCUGGCACCCGGGAUUUGAAGAGCUGUCACGGAGCCGGGAUCUGCGGGCCCCGCUGAUUGGAAGCCUUCCAGAAGCCAAGCUGCGGAGGGUGGUAGGGCAGCUGGAUCCGCAGCGUCUCUGGGGGACUUUCCUGCGUCCCCUGCUGAUUGUGCGACCCCCAGGUAGUCCUGGCAAUGUCCAAGUGAGAAAGUUCCUGGAGGCCACGCUGCGGUCCCUGUCAGCAGGCUGGCACGUGGAACUGGACCCUUUCACAGCUUCAACACCCCUGGGGCCACUGGACUUCGGGAACGUGGUGGCCACGCUUGACCCAGGAGCUGCCCGUCACCUCACCCUCGCCUGCCAUUAUGACUCCAAGUUCUUCCCUCCUGGGUCACCCCCUUUUGUGGGGGCCACAGAUUCGGCUGUACCCUGUGCCCUGCUUCUGGAGCUGGUCCAGGCCUUUGAUGUGAUGCUGAGCAGAUUCAAGAAGCAGGCAGCACCGGUGACCCUGCAGCUGCUCUUCUUGGAUGGGGAGGAGGCGCUGAAGGAAUGGGGACCAAGGGACUCCCUUUAUGGCUCCCGGCACUUAGCUAAAAUCAUGGAGUCUAUACCGCACAGCCCCGGCCCCACUCGGAUCCAGGCUAUUGAGCUCUUUGUCCUUCUUGACCUUCUGGGAGCACCCAGUCCAAUCUUCUUCAGUCACUUCCCCCGCACAGCGCGCUGGUUCCAACGACUGAGGAGCAUCGAGAAGCGCCUUCACCGUCUGAACCUACUGCAGUCUCACCCACAGGAAGUGAUGUACUUCCAACCUGGGGAGCCCCCCAGCUCCGUGGAAGAUGACCACAUCCCCUUCCUCCGCAGAGGGGUCCCGGUGCUCCACCUCAUCGCCACGCCCUUCCCUGCUGUGUGGCACACACCUGCUGACACUGAGGCCAACCUCCACCCGCCCACCGUGCACAACCUGAGCCGCAUCCUUGCCGUGUUCCUGGCUGAGUACCUGGGACUCUAGCCUGCAGACCAAUACCUUAGAAGGAUCUUACACUCAGCUGGGGACAUGGCAGGGGCAUCUUGAGCCAGUGCAGGGUGGCCAGGCUCACCUCAGACCGUAUGCUACAACCAUCUCAAGCCACUGCACUUCAAGGACAUGCCAGGAACACUGAGGGUAUGAGAGAGCCAAAAGAAUAUUUUUGGCUUCUGUCCUGAAGUAAACGGACUGGUCUGGAAGUUCCCAGGGACCAAAUGAUGUGUCAUGGGCUGGUACCUGAACCAGCACUACCAACCAAAUGAAUCCUCUGUGGCUAAUGUUUUAUGUCAGUUUAUUUGUCAGAAUAGCAGCCUUGCUGCUGCAUGGACCCAGUUCUGACUCCCACGUGGGCAUGGGUUCAGAACUCAGGACAGAGAUCAGCUCGAUGCUCCACCUUCUGCUUGGCUCAGGGGUUAAGGGGAAGCGAAGGCCACAGUUCCCACUGGGAAACGACAUUAAAUGAGUUUGUGCACUCAAAAGGUGAGAUCUUGCAGGUUAGAGAGAACGAAGUGGUUCUCAAAGUGGAACCCCUUUAUGAGAAGUACCUCAAAUGAAGCUGCCUCAGAAGAUACUUUGGGAAAUACUAGGUUUGAGAGUGGGAAUGGACUGAACAGACUACGCGUCCCUGGACCCAGCAACCCCAGACCACCAUUUCCUUUUGUAGAGCAAGCUUGCCAUGAAGGGACAAGAGAUCCAGCUGACUCCACCUCCGCUGGGAUUAAAAGCACAAGUCACCACACCCAGCACUAUUUCUUUCUUUUUCGACAAGGCCUAACUGUAUAGCUCUGACUUUCCUGGAACUGUGCAGUUCAUGUUGGCCACAAACUCCCAAUCCUCCUACCCAGUCCUGAGUGCUGGAUGAACUGGUUUCUACCUCGACAUAGCCAGCCAGGGGUUGUUUCAUAAGUCCAUGUAAAUAAACAGCCUUCUAAGAUCCA